AUGAAGGCUCUGAUCUGCCUGAUGCUGAUCUCCGCGGCGUUCGCCGCUGAGGACAAGACGGUGACGAAGCGCGGCCUGGGCUAUGGCCUGGGCUAUGGUGGAUAUGGUGGAUAUGGCGGUUAUGGUGGAUAUGGUGUCGCUAUCGCCAUCGCCGAGAAGCCUGUCCCCAUCACCGUCGCGGUUCCGCACCCAGUUCCCGUUGAUCGUCCCGUCCCUGUUAAGGUACCAGUCGCUGUUCCGCAUCCGGUUCCAGUAGCUGUCCCGGUGCCGCAACCCUAUCCAGUGAUCCAGACCAAGACCGUCACGGUCCCAGUGGAAAAACCUGUCCCGGUUCCGGUUAAGGUACCAGUACCAGUGCCCGCGCCAUACCCCGUCAAGGUUGCGGUGUCUCACCCAGUUCCAGUUCCGGUCGCGGUCCCGCAGCCGGUCCUCGUCAAAGAAACGGUCCCCUUUGCCGUUAAGGGCUACGGCCACUACUAGAUGAAUUUCUCCCUCUCAAAAAUCAUGCGCAUACCUCGUCCUUCUUUGUCUUAUCCAUUUCUCCGCAUCGCAAAAUCCAUCACGACAAGCGUCCGCCCAAAGAGAUGCUUCUCUCGUCGUGAUAGCACCUUGAAUUCACGGAAU